UUUUUUGUUCGCAAUUUGGGUAAUUGAGUGCCCUGCUCUAUACUUUGGUUUUCCCAACUGUUUAUAUCUUAUAUUAUCUUGACUUUGAGCCAGUUAAUAAGUUUCUUCACGUUCUUGUUUCUUUCUCAUUAUUUAUGAUAGGAUAUAAACAAAAACAAGUUGUGUUAGUCGAUGAGCAAAGAGCCACGAGUGUUAUGGAUAUGGGGUCGAAUUCGAACUCGAAUUCUGGCCGGUUGAACAACCAAUGGAGCCACAGGAUGAAGAUCGGCUGUAAAGUGUCCAAUGCAAAUUCUUCUGUUAUCAAUGAAUCAAGAAUGCAAGAGGAGAGAAUAGGUGAGGGAUUGGGAAAGAGAGCAGAAGCACCAGCAGAAAUGAACAAAGAAGGAAAUGAAGUAGCAAUAGAGGGUCGUCCUGUUCGAGCAGUGCGAAAGAGGCAUCACACUUUGACACACGAGGAUAAUGUAAUAAAUCCUCUCAUGAGAAUGCCUCCUGUUCCUCCACUUCAAACCCAGAAAAUCACCAUCUUUGAAAUGCUUCAAGAGUUUGACAAGUUUGAGUCUUAGUCUAUACGAUCAACAAAAUGCAAUCCGGACGUUCCAGAAGUAAAAAUCUUUCUGUCCGUACUUGAGAAAAUUUACACGACCAAAAUGUAGCCAGGACUUCUUUAUAGUUG